CAGCCAAUAAGACAUUUUUCUUGGCACUAGGCUUAGUAGGCUAGUUGAUUAGUACACCAAAUGUUUUAGCUAAUAGAUACUAAAAUUUGAAUCAUGAUAAUUUCAUACAAAUAUUUUCGUUCCUCCUACCUCAAAGUGUAACAGUUCAAAAAAUAUUAACAAUAAUAAGACUUUUUCCUUGAAAGUGGAUUAACACCAAAAAGCUAUAAAAAAAACAUGCAAACAAACAGGAAAAACCCGCGUUUCUGCUCUUCUUCUUUUCUUCUCCCCUGCAACCCGAGAAAGAGCCCCAGCCACGGUCACCCAUUUCCGGCCAGAAAUCCGGCAAAGCUUGGGGAUUUCUCCCUAUUUUCUUGUCUUAGAACACCUGUUGAACCUAGAAAAUCCCAGAUCUGCGUCUUCCUCCCUCUGCUGUCCGUCGGCUUCAACUUGUGGGUUUGGAAUUUCUGGGCGUUUUUCGGUAAGACAGCCCUGAAUCUCCCUUUUCUCUCUUGAUUUAGGCUUGGGUUUACCUCGAAUUGUGUUUUGGUUUUUGGAUUGGGUAGCCCGUGAGUUCCCCUGCAGAAUUUCUUCUUCUUUGCCGCCGGCUUUUCCCCCUUGCUAGGCUCGGUUUUGCUUGCUAAAUUUUGGUAAGUUGCCGGCUUUUCCAAGCUUAAAAUUACCCAUUUAAUUGCUGGGUUUUGUCCAUUAGUUGAUGCUCUAUGUUGUCCGAAUCUAUUGGGAUAGGGGAUGAAUUUGGCAGCCAUUUUAAAUGUGUUUUGUGCUUGGUUUAUGUAGAAUUAGCUUAAUUAGGCUGUUGUGAUUGUUUGGAGAGAAAAUCCCGUGAGUUAGCUAGUGUUUUGGCUAAUGUUUGGAAGUGGCAGUACUGUUCACGGCGUGAGCACUGUUCACGGGUACUGUUCACUGGUUUGAAUUUAUGGUAGUGCGAUAUUAAUUCUUGGAAUAUUGUGAUUAGGUUUUGAUCGUUCUGUCACCGUAGCACUUGGGUUAGCCUUCUGUUCUGUGCGAGUGAGGAAGUGAAACCGAGGACGGGGAAACCACGGGAAGUGACGAGUUAGAAGGCUAGCCAUUUCGAGAUUGAGCAUAGAUUUAGAAAUAAAUCAUGAUCUUGUAUUUGGAGACUUUAUUGGAGAUUUACGGUAUUAGAGCAAAUUAUAAAUUUUGAUCUUGAGAUUUUGAUGGUAUUAGUUCGUGAUUUGAAUAAGUUUCGAGCCUUGUGCAUUUGUGGGACCCGUCUCACGAGUGCAC